AUGAAUCCUUAUAUUCAAACCAACGAUAAUCCCGAUAUCACAAAAGAGCGUAAAAAUGCAAGCUUUGAUGUGGAAAAAUUCAGUGAGUUUUAUGUUGGUGGAAAACGUGUUUUGGCAGUUCGAAGAGAAGUUGAAAAAUAUGUCGAAGAUCGGAAAGAACUUCGAGAUCCGAUUCCAAGUGCUUUCAUGAGUCGAGAAGAACUAAUUGAUAAUUCAAUGAGAAAAAUGGUUGAAAUGGUUAGUCAUGAAGAUAUGUUUGAUAUCACAAAUAUUGAAAAAUUGUCAUAUUAUGCAUCGUGAGUUCUAUUUGUCAGUCAUUUUUUUAUUCAAGAAGUUAUUUUCAGCUUGGUUCAUGUUCGUGAAGUUCAUGCAUUAUCGCUGCAUUAUCUCAUGUUUGUGCCAGUUAUUCAAAGUCAAGGAACUUCUGAACAAAUUGAAAAAUGGAUGACUCUUGGACUUGCAAGAGCAAUCAGUGGAACUUAUGCGCAAACUGAAUUGGGACAUGGGACAAAUCUUUCGAAAUUAGAGACAACAGCGACUUAUGAUUCAAAAACUCAGGAAUUCAUUUUGAAUACGCCGAAAAUUAGUGCUGCAAAAUGGUGGCCAGGAAGUCUUGGGAAAUUCUCAAAUCAUGCAGUUGUUGUGGCAAUUUUGUAUACAAAUGGAGAGUGUAAAGGUCCACAUCCAUUUGUUGUGCAAAUUCGAGAUACCGAAACACAUAAAGUUCUACCAAGUUAGUUUUAGUUUACAAAAUAUUCACUGAAUUCAUUUUCUAGAUAUUAAACUUGGAGAUAUUGGGCCGAAAAUGGGAAUAAAUGCGUCUGACAAUGGGUAUAUGAUUUUCAAUAAUUUGAGAAUUCCCAGAGAAAAUAUGUUGAUGAAACACUCGAAAGUUCUACCAGAUGGAAAAUAUAUCAAACCACCUCAUUCAAAACUUGCAUACGGUGGAAUGGUUUUUGUGAGAAGUAUGAUGGUUAGAGAUAUUGCAAAUCAUCUAGCAAUUGCUGCAACAAUUGCAACAAGAUAUUCAAGUGUUCGAAGGCAAGGAGAAAUAACACCUGGAAAACCAGAAGUUCAAAUUUUGGAUUAUCAAACUCAACAACUUCGAAUUUUCCCAUCAAUCGCAAGAGCAAUCGCAUUCCGUUUUGCCGGUCAAGAACUCCGAAAUAUUUUCAAAAAAGUAUCCAAGCAACUGACUCAAGGAAAUGCUGAACUUUUACCUGAAAUUCACGCACUUUCAUCAGGUCUCAAAGCUGUUGUUACAUUUGAAGUUCAACAAGGAAUCGAACAAUGUCGACUUUCUUGUGGUGGACAUGGUUAUUCAAUGGCUUCUGCUUUUCCGGAACUUCUCGGUUUCUCUUGUGCAAGUUGUACUUAUGAAGGAGAUAAUAUUGUGUUGCUCUUACAAGUUGCAAAGUUUCUUAUAAAAUCUGUUGAAAAAAUUCGAAGUGGACAAGGAUCAGAUCUUGCUGAAAUUUGUGAAUAUUUGAAUCGGAAGGAAGCUAGAAAUUCAACAUUGAACGAUUUCAAGACUUACACAAAUUAUGAUAUUGUUUCGGACAUUGAAUUUGUAGCACGUCGUCAAGUUUUCAGGGCUUUCAAUAAAUUUGAAGAGGCAAAGAAAACAAUGAGCAAAGAACAUGCUUGGAAUUCCUCUGCUAUCGAAUUCUGCAAAGCUUCCAGAGUCAGUUUUUUCUUUUUUUGACGAACUAAGAAAGUACAGCUUAUAUUUUCAGUGGCACGUGAAACUUUACAUCGUUCGUAACUUCUUUAAAAAAGUUGACCAAGAUGCUCCACAAGAAAUCCGACCAGUUUUGAAAAAUCUUGCUAGACUUUACGCAUUUGAUUUGAUCGCUUCAGCAGCUGGAAACUUUAUGGAAAAUGGAUAUAUGCAUUUCGAGCAGAUUCAACAAAUCAAAAAUGGUUUUUAUGAGUAAGAUUUCGAAAUUUGUUGUAUUGUAACAAAAAAAGUUUUUCUUCAGAUGUUUGUCAAUUCUUCGCCCUGACGCAGUUUCAGUUGUCGAUGGAUUUGCGAUCAAUGAAAUCGAACUUCGAAGUGUCUUGGGACGCCGAGAUGGAAAUGUUUAUCCAGCACUUCUAGAAUGGGCUCAAAACAGUUCAUUAAACAAAAAAGAAGUGUUGGCACCUUUUGAGAAACAUAUCGGACCAAUGAUGAAAAAAGCUAGAUCAAUGUUGUAA